AGAGAAGGGAAAGGUGGUGGAUUUGAGCUGAGCCAAAAAAGUGUGCUAAAAAAAAAAAAAUUGAACUUUGUUAAAAGCAAAGAAAAGAUGAGAUUUUUCUGGGGGUGGGAAGGCAACAAAAGAAAAGACAGAAAGUGCACGUCAGAGUUAGCCGUAGGGUUGUGGCCUUCUCUUGGGAUGUGCUAGCAGCCAGCUCUGGACAAGAGUUUGAGGAUUACAGAGCGACGCCUUCUCAAUUCUCAUCCACACCCAUCCUUCUCUCUCCCAUCUAAAAAAAGAAAAAGAAAAAGAAAAAGAAAAAACGGUCUUACUAGCUAGAAGCCCAGAAGUUGUUGGUUUGGUCUAGUUCAAUACAUGCUUUGUUCUUUUAUGCGUGUGCUAUAAUUGGAUUUUCUUGAAUUUAGCAAGAAAAGCCAUUGAAUCAUGAUCAAGUAGCAGUAGUGGGUGAAGGGUGGUUGUCUUCUUUCUUUUCUUUUCUGUUUUCAUCAAAAAACAAAACGUUGUCUCUUGGGUUGAUGCCAAAGGAAGAAGAGAACAUCGUCUCAGGAGAGGCUGCAGCUGAAGGCAAAUUUUGGGAUUCAAACAAACAAAGAGUCUUGCUUUGAAAAGAAAAAAAGAAAAGGAAAAAAAACGUAUCUUUUUGCCGCUGUACCUGAUUCCUCUUCUUCUCUCUUCUUCUCUUUCUCCAUUUUCACCUGCUUUAAUGCUUUUUUUCUAGGUCUCGAUUUGUCUCUAGAUCUCGCACACAUAUCUUUCUCUUACAUGGUAGUACUACUAGUACUGCUUUAAAUUUUAAGGUUUGUGACUCAUGCUGCAAUAUCCCUUUAGAUAUCUUGAAAGUUUGCGAUGAUUAGAAGUAGCUGCUGAUGUUAGCCAGCUCAUAUAUAUCAUAAGACGAAUGAUGAAAGGUCUGAUAGUCCAGCAGCAACCAGCACAGCCCGUUAUGGAGGAAAACAUGUCUAAUCUGACCUCUGCUUCUAAUGAAGCUAGUGUUUCUUCUGUCAAUAGAAAUGAUAAUGGAUCAGGAGGUAGCAUAUAUCCACCACAGCAAUACUUUGCUCCCCAAAAUCAAACUCAGGUUGCUCAACCUCAGCAAGCAGUCAAGAAGAAGAGAAAUCUGCCGGGCAAUCCAGACCCUGAUGCGGAAGUGUUAGCUUUGUCUCCCAAGACUCUCUUGGCAACAAACAGAUUCAUUUGCGAAAUUUGCAACAAAGGGUUUCAGAGGGAUCAGAAUCUUCAACUUCACAGAAGAGGUCAUAAUCUGCCAUGGAAGCUGAAGCAGAGAACAAACAAGGAAGUAAAGAAGAAAGUAUACGUGUGCCCAGAAGCUAGUUGUGUCCACCAUGAUCCGUCAAGGGCCCUUGGGGACCUAACCGGAAUCAAGAAGCACUUUUGCAGAAAGCACGGUGAGAAGAAGUGGAAAUGUGACAAAUGCUCAAAGCGGUAUGCAGUUCAAUCAGACUGGAAAGCUCAUUCCAAAACCUGUGGCACUAGGGAGUACAGAUGUGACUGUGGAACCCUUUUCUCUAGGAGGGACAGUUUUAUCACACAUAGAGCCUUUUGUGAUGCACUAGCAGAAGAGAGUGCUAGAGCUAUUCCGGGAAAUCCGCUCCUUUCCUCCCAAGCUGCUGGUGCUUCCACAGUACCCCGUCAUGUGAACAACAUCAAUCCUCUUCAACAACAGUUCGGCAACCAGGAUAAUCCCCAUUUAUUUUCCCUUAAAAAAGAGCAACACACUUUUAAUCUGAGGCCUGAAAUUCCACCAUGGCUAGCAUGCUCUCCGAUGCCAGCUGGAGCCGGACCAGGUCCCGGUCCACCACCAGUAGACCUCACUUCUUCAAUCUUCCCAUCCCCAAGACUGGGUCCAGGAUUUUCAGAAUGCCAUCAAGAAUUAUCCCUCCAUGAAAACCCUAACCCUAAUCUUGGACCUAAUCUUCCACCAUUCCAUCCCACGACCUCCCCACACAUAUCUGCAACUGCAUUGCUGCAAAAAGCAGCUCAGAUGGGAGCAGCCAUGGGCAGCAGCAAAGCAGGUGCAGGUGGUGCAGCUCCACCUGCAGUCAUGCUGAACACUAGACCCCACCAAGCUCACGUGUCUGCUGCUGCUGCUGCUGAUUCUGCUACCAAUAUUACAACUGGAAAUUUUGGACUGAAUUUGUCCUCACGUGAAGACUUGGCCGGUGGGACGUUUGUCAAUGGCUUGGCUUCAUAUGGGAAUAAAGCUGCAGACCCUGCUGCUGGUGGACCUCCACCUCCUCCUCCUCCUACUUCUUUUCUUCAAGAUAUGAUGAUGAACUCUCUUUCUUCUUCUUCUGCAACCACUGGAUUUGAAGGCUCAACGUUUGAAGACGCAUUUGGUGGGAUUCUCAACCCGAAGAAGACAUCAAACAGUUCCUUCAUGAGGGCUAACGAUAGUGAAGGUGGCGGCGGCGGCGGCGGAGGCAUCGUGGGCGGCGGCAAUGAUCGCAUGACGAGGGAUUUUCUUGGUUUAAGGCCUCUUUCUCACAGUGACAUUUUUAAUAUUGCCGGUUUCGGUAAUUGCAUGAAUACUACUGCUUCUAAUGAGCAUCAUCAGAACGCAUCUCAAAAGUCAUGGCAAGGUUAGAUUUUGAUCACGGUACAUGUUUAGCUUUUGAGGUAGCUCUAACUUGCUAGCCUUUUGAACAUUCAAUAGUUUAAUAUUCAGGGUUCAUCUUCCAAAGGGAAGAAAUGGAUAUUCUUGAUCCUUGGAAACCCUAAUAUUUUAGCAAUCUAGCAGACUUUUGCUUAGAUAUAUAUAUAUAUUACAGACCUUUCGAGAA